AUGAAUUGUUUUACUGGAUUCAACUUAUACCAUGGACUAAUGAAAGACACUGCUCCAACAUUAGCUCUAAGUUCCUAUGUGGAAUUUCAGAUUAAGUUACUUGUAAUGCAAUCAUAGUUACCUAUUGGUUCUAUUGGUUGUAGAAAUAAAGUUAGUACCUCCUGUUCUAUUAGCGGCAACUAAGAUACUUAUAUAGAUAAAAAAAUUUCUGUGAUUAUACUGAAACUGGUGGUACUUGUGGUAGUGAAUUUACAAUCGGAGCGUUUAUGGGCCAGAGGGGGUAAAAAAAACCACUAUCUUGCCAAUCUUUUCAUCUCCAACUAUUUCACUUGA